AUGGUGGCAUAUCUUGACAAGGCUGUGAGCCUGAUAGAGGAGGCUGCAGACCGUCAAGAUGUGACGGUCGAGGCCGCGGAACGAAUGGUGGAAAUGUUUCUUGAGGCACAUGUAGUGGGAAUUGAUGGUGAUAGUGGGCUUGUUCUGGGUGCGGGAAUUGCUAGCUGUGGUGGAGGUGGGAUAGGCAAGUCACGCUGGAGUAAGGCAUUGAUCAAGGCUUGGUUCUGUUCGGUCAGUCGGUUGAUGCUGUUGAAUGAAGAUCACCAUCUCAUAUCACCAUCUCAGCUGAACCCAGUUCAGCAAAACGCUAAAAACCCAGAGAACCCCAAGAAAAUUAAGCAAGACCCUAAAAACCCAGAGAAUUCAGAGAAAGUUCAGCAAAACCCUACACACCCAGAGAAAACACAGCUCCACCACAUUGUUUUCGGCAUCGCAGCUUCGGCAAAGCUAUGGAACCGCCGGAAAAACUAUAUCAAGCUAUGGUGGAGGCCGAAAGAGAUGCGAGGGUACGUAUGGUUAGAUAAGCCCGUAAAGGACUACGGUUGUGAUUACAAUAGCUCUCUCCCACCAUUGAAGAUAUCAAGUGAUACUUCCAAGUUCAAAUAUACGAACCCUAAGGGUGACCGAUCUGCUAUUCGUAUCUCACGUAUUGUGUCAGAAACUCUUAGACUGAGCUUGGAGGAUGCGAGGUGGUUUGUUAUGGGGGACGAUGACACGGUUUUCGUCCCCGACAACUUGGUUAGGGUUUUAAAAAAGUAUGAUCAUAACCAAUUUUAUUAUAUUGGCAGUUCAUCGGAGAGUCAUUUACAGAAUAUAAAUUUUUCGUAUAAUAUGGCUUAUGGUGGUGGAGGGUUUGCUAUUAGUUACCCAUUAGCAAAAGCUCUUGCGAGGAUGCAAGAUAGGUGUAUAGAGAGGUACCCAAAGUUGUAUGGUUCGGAUGAUCGGAUUCAGGCUUGUAUGGCUGAGCUCGGAGUCCCUCUCACCAAGGAGGUUGGAUUUCACCAGUUGGACCUGUAUGGAAACAUCUUUGGGCUUCUCACAGCCCACCCCAUUGCACCGCUAGUCUCACUGCACCAUCUCGAUGUGGUUGACCCCAUAUUCCCCAACGUGGACCAGGUCCGAGCCCUAAAACGACUCAAGCUACCCAUAAAGCUCGACUCUGCUGGGCUCAUGCAACAGUCCAUAUGCUAUGACAAGUCCAAAAAAUGGACCGUUUCGGUCUCAUGGGGCUACGCAGUCCAAAUAUUGCAACCCACAGUCGCAGCCCGUGCAAUGGAAAAGCCUGCAAGGACUUUUCUCAAUUGGUACAAAAAUGCUGAUCACACUGCAUUCACCUUCAACACUCGCCCAGUUAGUAGAAAUCAUUGUUGGAGGCCCUUUGUAUAUGUGUUGUCUAAUGCUCUAUACAAUCCUUCUACCAAUCAAACUGCGACCGAGUACAUUCGGUAUCGGGCCUCUGACCCGAAAAAAUGCAAGUCGAAUAUGGCUGACCCUUCAAGCAUUCACAGAGUCGAGGUUUACAAGAAGCCCGAUCCGUAUAUGUGGGACAAGGCUGCAAGAAGAAAUUGUUGUAGGAUCUUGCCAACAAAAAAGAAAAACACCAUUGUGAUAGAAGUAGGUGAUUUAAGAGAAGAUGAAAUCAUUGGAUUAUAG